AUGCAUUCCCUACCAUCACAUGCGAUGCGUCCUCUAUGCCUUAACCCAUCUCUUUGCUCUUCUCGUUUCCCUUUCUUCUCCUUUUCAAUCCCCAUUUUCCACAAAUUCAAAAACAACCCCACAAUUUAUAAGAAAUCACAAAAGGGUCCUCCGUUUUUUAGCAUAAGAUGUUGUGGUUCAGGCUCUGUAACCGCCAAGCCUUCAUGGGAGCUUCGUAGGAACCGUGCUGCUGUUCAAGAACCAGAUGAAAAGGUUGAUGCUCUUCGACAGCUUUUUACCAAGCCUGGAAUUGGUAUUGAUGCUUAUAUCAUCCCUUCUCAGGAUGCUCAUCAGAGUGAGUUCAUUGCUGAAUGCUACAUGAGGAGAGCUUAUAUAUCAGGCUUUACUGGCAGCGCAGGGACUGCUAUUGUUACAAAGGAUAAAGCAGCUUUAUGGACCGAUGGUCGCUAUUUUCUGCAGGCUGAGAAGCAAUUGAAUACAAGCUGGAAGCUCAUGCGUGCUGGUAAUUUUGGAGUCCCACAAGCUAGUGAAUGGCUUAAUGAUGUUUUGGCUCCUGGUGGACGAGUCGGUAUUGAUCCUUUUCUUUUUUCUUAUGAUGCUGCAGAAGAAUUGAAGGAGGUUAUAUCUAAGAAGAACCUUGAGUUGGUUUACUUGUACGAUUUAAAUCUUGUGGAUGAAAUAUGGAAGGAAUCAAGACCGAAACCCCCAAACAAGCCAAUUAGAGUUCAUGAUCUGAAAUAUGCCGGUAUAGACGUUGUGUCCAAAUUAUCUUCCCUCAGGGCCGAACUAGUUGCAGCUGGUUCAUCUGCAAUUGUUAUAUCCAUGCUUGAUGAAGUUGCCUGGUUGCUGAACUUGAGAGGAAGUGAUGUCCCACAUUCACCUGUUAUGUAUGCAUACUUGAUUGUUGAGGUCGAUGCGGCAAAGUUAUUUGUAGAUGAUUCUAAAGUCACGUCAGAGGUGAUGUAUCAUUUGAAAAAAGCAGGUGUAGAUCUAAGGCCAUAUGACUCCAUCCUUUCUGAAAUAAGGAGAUUGGCGGCGGAAGGGGCUCACCUUUGGUUAGAUACAUCAUCGGUUAAUGCUGCUAUUGUGGAGACCUAUAAGGCUGCUUGCGAUAAAUAUCUUAUGAACCGUGGGAGUAGAGGCAAAAGAAAGAAUAAGCAAUAUUUUGAAUCCGACAGUCUCCCUGUUGGUCCUUCUGGAGUUUAUAUGCAAUCCCCUGUCUCCUUGGCCAAGGCAUUGAAAAAUCCGUCUGAGUUAGAAGGGAUGCAGAAUUCUCACUUGAGGGAUGCAGCUGCUUUGGCACAGUUCUGGUGCUGGCUGGAAGAGGAAAUUCAUAAGAACGUGAAACUUACUGAGGUAGACCUUGCAGACAAACUUCUAGAAUUCCGUUCGAAGCAAGAUGGUUUCCUAGAUACGAGCUUUGAUACAAUAAGCGGUUCGGGUGCAAAUGGUGCUAUUAUUCAUUACACACCUGAAGCAGAAAGUUGUAGUGUUGUGGAUCCAAAUAAAUUGUUCCUAUUGGAUAGCGGAGCGCAAUAUGUUGAUGGAACGACCGACAUAACAAGGACAGUACAUUUUGGUGAACCAACUGCAAGGGAAAAAGAAUGCUUCACUCGUGUUCUAAAGGGUCACAUUGCUCUUGAUGAGGCAGUAUUCCCUGAGAACACUCCAGGUUUUGUCCUGGACGCAUUUGCCCGCUCUGCCCUUUGGAAGAUUGGACUUGAUUACCGACAUGGUACCGGACAUGGUGUUGGAGCUGCAUUAAAUGUCCAUGAAGGUCCACAAAGUAUUAGUUUUAGAUAUGGAAAUAUGACCCCCCUACAAAAAGGCAUGAUUGUUAGCAAUGAACCUGGCUACUAUGAAGAUCAUGCCUUUGGCAUUCGGAUUGAGAAUCUCCUUUGUGUACAAGAGAUUAAUACACCGAAUCGUUAUGGAGGAAUCGAAUAUCUUGGAUUCGAAAAACUAACAUUUUUUCCCAUUCAGACUAAAUUGGUUGACUUAUCUUUACUUUCUAUCGAAGAGAUGGAAUGGCUGAACAGCUAUCAUUCACAAGUAUGGGAAAAGGUUUCACCAUUGCUGGAAGGCUCUGCUCGUCAAUGGCUUUGGAAAAACACUCGACCCAUUGCUAAACAAUGAUUCCCGCUUUCAAAAUUGUCCAUCUUUUUUAAUCCAGAAAUUUCCGCCUUCUAAAUCUUGUAAAUAUAUCUUAUGAUGUGAUGAUGAGUUAUUGUUUGUAGGGUAAUUACAUUAUGUACAGCAUUAUAUUUCAUGAAAAUUAUGAAAUUAAAUUAACUGCAAUGAGAAAUAUAAAUCAUAAAUGUUCUUGAUAA